UCUGUCCCACGUUAACGUAGCGUAGAUACGUCAAGCUACGUUCUCUGUGUUAUGGGGGUACGUUGGUGGUUAUCUGACUAUCCAGAGAUAAAGUGAUCAGUGUAUAAGUUAUUGAAAGAAAGCAUUUGUUAUCGUCGGGUUGUGUGAUGGCUUUGCAGGGCUCUGAGGAAAUAGAGGAGCAACUCGCAGAAACGGAAGAUGUUGGAGACGAGGAUGUGAGCGUCUCUCCCGCGGAAGAAAUUACGCUGCCCGUCGGGUCUGAAGGAGAGGAAGACACCGACCCACUUCUCCUGCCGUGGGAUCGCUUCUCUGCCUGGCUACACUGCAUCUGUGUAGUUGGGUUCGAUCUGGAGCUCGGCCAGGCGGUGGAGGUCAUUUAUCCACACCAUUCCAAACUAUCAGAGAAGGAAAAAACAAGUAUAUGUUACUUAUCAUUCCCAGACUCGAACUCAGGUUGCCUAGGGGACACACAAUUCUGCUUCCGUUUCCGCCAGGCCUCAGGCAGGAAGUGCUCUCUGGGAUGUUUCCUGGACCAUUUCGACCGCGACGCUCCCGUCUGUCUCAAGAGGGACCCUGGCCAUUACUAUGGUUACGUGUACUUUCGACAGGUCAGGGACAAGUCACUGAAGAGAGGCUACUUUCAAAAGUCCCUGGUGUUGAUCAGCAAGCUGCCCUACGUCGCUUUCUUUCACUCCCUCCUGAAGCUCAUUGCUCCAGAAUAUUUUGAGAAGCAGGAGCCAUGUUUGGAGGCUGCCUGUAAUGACAUUGAUCGCUGGCCCACGCCUCACCCGGGAAAGAUUCUCUCACUACCUGUCAUGGGAACAGUCUUGAAGGUUCGGAUCCCAACAUGCUACGACAAGCCUGGAACCUCUCAGCUGGUGCAGUCAACGCAGAAUGACAACCUGGUGUCCAUAGUUCUACCCAGUAUCCACGAGGUAGACCUGUUCAGGUGUUUCCACCCUGUCUUCUUUCACAUUCAGAUGUUAUGGGAGCUGGUGUUGCUAGGGGAGGCUCUGGUUGUCAUGGCACCAUCACCAGCGGAGUCCUCCGAUACAGUUCUGGCAUUGGUCAGCUGCAUCUCCCCACUGCGGUACUGCAGUGACUUCCGACCAUAUUUCACCAUCCAUGACAGCGAGUUCAAGGAGUACACCACCAGAACCCAGGCCCCGCCGUCUGUGAUUCUUGGUGUGACCAACCCAUUUUUUGCCAAGACCCUCCAACACUGGCCUCACAUAAUUCGCAUCGGAGACAUGAAGCAGGCUGGCGAGACGGUGAAACAGAUGAAGGUGAAGAAACUCAAGAACCUGAAGACGCUGGACUCUAAGCCAGGGGUCUACAGUGCAUACAAGCCCUUCCUGAACAAGGACGAGGACAUCAUUAAGCAGUUACAGAAGGGUGUCCAGCAGAAACGUCCCUCCGCGGCCCAGAAUGCUAUCCUUCGACGAUACUUCCUGGAACUGACGCAGAGCUUCAUCAUUCCAUUGGAGCGUUAUGUGGCCAGCCUGAUGCCUCUGCAGAAAAGCAUCUGUCCUUGGAAGAGUCCUCCCCAGCUGAGACCUUUUCUGCAGGAGGACUUCAUGAAGACUCUGGAGAAGGCUGGUCCUCAGCUCACCUCCCGCCUCAAAGGAGACUGGAUUGGACUCUACAGACAGUUCCUGAGGUGUCCUAACUUUGACGGCUGGUACCGGAACCGCACAAGAGAGAUGAUGCAGAAACUAGAGGCUCUGCACCUGGAGGCGCUCUGUGAAGAGGAUCUCCAGGUACGUGUCCAGCAGCACACAGAGGUAGAGGCAGUGGACCUGGUCCUCAAACUCAAAGACAAGCUGACACAGGCGGAGAGAGACCAGCUUCCUCUGAGACCAGGGACGCUGACUAAGCUACAGGCACACAUCGACUCGGUUAUCCUGUCUUUACCUGAAGACCUCCAGGGCAUCCUGCACAAGCCGUCCACAACCUGACCUCUCAACCCCAGGGAGAGGAGGAAUUGCUGCUGGAGUCUCAGCAUUGAGCUGUGGAUUUUAACCAGAAAGACAUUUUUAAAAGUGCACUUUACCUUUUAAGAUCCGGGUGAUGUGCGUCUCCUCUCCAUGUGCAGUGCUGGCAUUGCCCAAAUCCACUUAUCAUUAUGCAACCAGUCAGAUGUAAGGGAACCCAAGCUGAGAUCUUCCUCCCAGACAGUAUGUCAGACAUGUCCCUGUGGCUUCUGAUGAUGCAGUCAGACAGGGGAAGGUCGGCAGGUUUUAGAAACAGGCUUAGUCCUUGUUUGUAGCCACCGUUCUGGGCGGGUCCGUUGUGCAGCUUUAAUAAGUCCCCAGAGUGGUCUUGGGCUGGAUGGUGUAGAGGUCUUCACUCCUCCAAAUAGUCAACACUAUAGCAUGUCAUCCAAGGGUCCUGGCUUACAUAUACACUGAAGAGGCAUAACGAGGUAUAGAUAAACAGGACUGUAUUUAUUGGUUCAGGAGACCUCAUUCAUUGGGCACAAAAUCAACUGACCCAAUAACAGACUAGCUGACUUUGUGUGUCUGAAAAAAAGGUUGUUGGCUUUCAUUUGCAAAACUUUUUGGGCCCAGUUCAGAAAGGCUGAGCUGUGUGUUUAGGGCAUUGUGCCCACUUAUUCUGAGAUUCCGGUUCAUGGUGUAUAAUGGCAGUUAAUUUAUCCUAUACACAUUUUAAAAACAUUGCUGGGCAUAUACCAUUCAAAUUUUUAAUUGGUCAUGUGGUGAACAAGUAAUUGAAAAGAUUAGCAAUAGCUUUUGUACAUGGUUGAAAUCUCUAUGGGAUGAAUGACCUUGGCCAUUCAUUUCCUGAACCAACGCAGGCUAGACAUUCGGAGCCCCCUACGUUCUGUCUCGAUACUGCCUGCCUCACUAAAAUAUUAACCAGGGUGCUCCUUGUUCUUGACCAGUAGUACAUGAUAUUUUACCAAUCUUAAUGAAAAGAACAUUACAGGGAAAGUGCUGUGUUUGCAUCUUAAACAGCAGCCCAUUCUGUGUGUGUACUCUAUAGGGGGCAUGGGGUACCAUUUGGGUUGCAUUCCUAAUUGAUAGUGUCCAGGACACUAUCAAUUGAUAUUUCUGUUAAGACCCACUACAACAGGAGACACGGUGCUACCAGUAUCUGUCCUGUUCUCUGUGUACAGCAGUACUCCUGACCCAGUCUGGUCCAGCAGUGGAUAUAGCGGUUCUGGUGAACGCCUUGACCCAUGCGUCGUUUCGCUGUUCCCUUUGCCUCGUCUCCAGCUCUCGUGUCUCACUGUCUCAAUGAAGACAAAACACUAAUACAAAAACGGACAUUUUUAACAGUCAGUAACACUCGGGAAAUGGGGUGACAUUUCAGACAAAGCCAGUUAUUGUCUCCACACCAAAAUAUUGAUACUGUAGGCCUAUGUAUGAAUGGAUGUUGAUACUGUAGGCCUAUAAUUAAAUGGAUGUUGAUACUGUAGGCCUAUAAUUAAAUGGAUGUUGAUACUGUAGGCCUAUAAUUAAAUGGAUGUUGAUACUGUAGGCCUAUAAUUAAAUGGAUGUUGAUACUGUAGGCCUAUAAUUAAAUGGAUGUUGAUACUGUAGGCCUAUAAUUAAAUGGAAGUUGAUACUGUAGGCCUAUGUAUAAAUGCUGUAAUUUUGGCUUCAUAACAGUGUGCCUUUACACCCUUAAGUACAAUUUCUCUGAGACAGGUUAGGCCUAUUCUUGUACUAACUAGCAUUUUCCAUGUAAAUUAACAUGUUUUAGUUGAGGACCUAAUCCAUGUCCAGGAAACCCCCCUCUUACCACGUUGCAUUUAAGCUGUUUUAAGAAAGGUUAGUUUUAAUUUUUAUGCUUGGAAUUGUACCCGUUUUUAAUUCCAUGUGUUGUGUUGCUCAACCACAAGAAGCACAUUAAGGACCCAACUGAUGGAAGGAUAGGGUAUAUCUUUAAAAGGGCUUCCUGCUGUGUUAGACAUUCAGAUGUGCUGAACAACAGUACUGCAGAGGUUAUUCUGUUAUCAAACAGGGAUGUUGAUGGCUUUUCAAAUGAAGGAAUACCUAUGGUUGUUCAUUGUGGAUUUUAAACUGAUCGAUUUGUUGAAUAUUUGUUACAGAACAUUUUAUUUUUCUUGAUCAGAUUUUAUCAUGGGACGUGCCUUAGGGAUGAAGAUUUAUGAACCAAAGACUGACUGAUUUAGGUUAGAUGUUGAACCGUCUGUGAAUUAGUACUUCGUAAAAUCCACAGAGGACUGCUAAUUCGUUAGCCUGACAUUCUGAUCUGCUUCAAGCACCCUUCUUCCUUUGGGAAGUAUAGGAAUUCCAAUGGAGCUGUAUGUCACUCCAUCCUCCCGUUGGAACUGGCCACUGAAAAACCAUUUCCGAUCGGUUAAUACUGGUUGGUGAAACCUUAUGACAAUUGGUUGUUGGGCAACUAUGUACAGCUAUGUUUUUUUCAUGUUGAUAAUGCUUAUUUUAACAAGUUUGAAUUUUGUAUAGAUGUCUAUUCUCAUAUUCCACUCAACUCAAUAUGACAUUUUGUAUAUAUGUGUUGUCAAUUAUUGUGCCGUUUUUUCCACAAAAUAUAGAUAUUACUGACAUGGAAUACUGUAACUAUGUAAAAUGUUCUAAUGGGAAAGAACUGCGAUUAUGGAUAGUAACAAAGCACAUUAUAUAGUACAUAAUGACGCUUUGAUUAACCCAGUAUUUUUACAUUUACAAUGUUUACUUACAAUUGAUCGAUUAUUUUCUAGGUCUGUUGAAGCCAUAACGUAACCACUGGUUGAACUAUUUCAACCGUAUAAUGCUUACAGAUAAUUGCUUUCUAUAAGAGGAAGUAUUUUUAUGUGAAUAAAAAGGCAACUAUGAACAAUUCUAAA